AUGUUCUCUGACUUUAUAGUAGCUGCAUCUGAUGAGAUAAUAGAAACACGCUCCACUGACUCCAUGAUAUUACUCAAAAACUCAUGGACAAAUUGGGUUUCAAUUGUGGAUAAAGGAAUGAACAUAAGUAUCGACUACAGGUAUGAUAACUGGCACAUCUUCGACAAGCGUCUACGGGUAGAAAAAUUGCUAACUAUUACUUCUACACCCUCAGCAGAUGAAAGCAUAUCUACACCAUCAUCAGCAAAGGAUACUAUAUCAAACAAAUCAAGUCAACGCUUGGCAUUCCGCUUUCGAACAACGAUAAGAUUCAAAUCAUUGGGAUCAUAUGAUUGGUUGGAGAACAGGCAGACUGGUUUACAUACAGAGCGUUCGUAA